AUGGCUCCAAUCACCACGGUGGCUGCAGAAAUGAGGAAGCAAGAAGAAUAUGAUGAUAUACAUGAGGACCCUAUCGAGGAUGAGGAGGAUGAGGGUUCUGACCUAGACCCUUCUCAGAUGGAGUACUUGGAGCAUCAUCGCAGACUUGAUCAAUUCCUAUCGCCGUUGUCUCUCGAUGAAGCAGUUCUAUACAAGCUUGCGCGUCGCUUCUCUGGUGUGUAUCGCGACCUGGCCCUACACUCCGAAGAACAGUUUCUACCGACGCCAGUGACGCAUUUGCCCACAGGCUUGGAGACAGGACGUUAUUUAGCCAUCGAUGUCGGGGGAACUAACCUACGAGUCGCGUUCAUUGAGCUGUUGGGGGAUGCUGCUAAUUCUGAUAUCGGGUCCACGGAUGCCUCAGAGAAAUCGACCACCAUUCGCAGAGCACAAAGACAGCGCGUGAGGCGAACACUAGAGAGAGCGUGGCCUAUCCAGGAACAUUUAAAAAUGGACAACGCGGAGGACCUGUUUUCUUGGAUUGGUGAUCGUAUUGCGGAAGUGGUAGCCGAAAGCUUGAGUUCGGAUGCUACCAAAGGCAAGGUCCCCGAAGAAUUAGAGAUGGGAAUCACCUUCAGUUUCCCGAUAAUGCAAGAAUCAUUGUCGGAGGCUACGUUGAUGCCGAUGGGUAAAGGUUUCGCUAUUACAUCGGAUCUCAACCUUCGCAAGAUCCUUCUUAGUGGCUAUGAGAGACACACAAGACGUCCGGAUGAUGAAGAUGAACCUUCUUCCAAGCGUCGAAAACUUUUCGCUCUACCGAAACUCAAGAUUACUGCCAUCACAAAUGAUGCCGUCGCCACACUUGCAUCUUUGGCUUAUGCUGUCAAGUCGUUGCCUAACAGCCGGGUCGCUAUGGGUAUCAUCGUAGGCACGGGAUGUAAUGCGACAAUUCCAAUGAAACUGAGUUCUUUGCAUGAAACGAAGGCCAAUCAUGUGAAGUCGAAAGAUUCAGAGGCAGUAGAGACGGUCAUCAACACUGAAUGGACUCUUGCCGGCAGCGCACCUCCCUUGAAGGAACUCGAGAUCAUAACUAAAUGGGACAUUGAACUAGACAGGGCAUGUGCACGACCUGGUUUCCAGCCAUUCGAGUACCUGACUGGUGGUCGAUACAUCGGUGAACUUAUCCGGCUCAUCCUUUUUGACUAUCUCACCAACGUUAAGGGAUUAUCUUCGAAGGAACUUCCUGCAAAUCUUAUUCAAGAGUAUGCAUUAACUACUACAUACAUUUCAGAUAACGUCGCUCGUGCUCGGUCGGACCAGGAACUUGCGGAUGGGUUGAAUCACUCUCUACCUUCACCGGAAAGUAGUGAGUGGCAUUGGGAUGCUGUGUGCGCCGCUGCCUUUCGGAAGAUUGCUCGGACUGUCCAAAAACGAGCUGCUGGUUUGAUUGCUGCGGCAGUAGUAGGGUUACUUGCCUGCGCGAAUGAAAUUGAGUUGAAAGUGGAGAGCACCGAAAACUCACCACAGCCCUCCGGCGCUGCAUCUCCUGAACACAACGGCGGGGCCGACGUCUCUGCUGUAACAAACUUAUUAUCGCCAUCUACGUUAAAAGUACCAACAAACACUCAAAGAGGCAACAGGCCGAUUGUCCCGGUUUUAUCGCCUACGCCUACACCGGCGGAUUGGCAAUCGGGUCCUGAAGAGCUCGUCGUCGCUUACACGGGCGGAAUCAUUCAGCACUAUCCUAAUUUCAAGACCAUGUGUCAGCAAUUCAUUGACCGUCUCAUCAUGAGAACUGGGCCUCAGAAGAGCGGGAAGUCGGUCUUCUUACGCGAAGUUUCAGACGGUGGUGUCAUUGGCGCUGGAGUUCUAGCAGGAAUGGUAGCUAACCGGUGA